AGCUGAUGGGAGAAGUGGACCUUAAGUUGCCUGGUGGGGCUGGCCCAGCUUCAGGAUUCUUCCGGUCUCUAAUGUCUCUCAAGCGAAAGGAAAAAGGAGUAGUAUUUGGAUCUCCACUGACAGAGGAAGGUAUUGCCCAGAUAUACCAACUAAUUGAAUAUCUCCACAAAAACUUGCGUGUAGAGGGCUUGUUUAGAGUACCAGGGAAUAGCGUCCGGCAGCAGAUUUUAAGGGAUGCUCUCAAUAAUGGAACUGAUAUUGACCUGGAAUCAGGGGAGUUUCACUCCAAUGACGUUGCCACCUUGCUGAAGAUGUUUCUAGGAGAGUUACCUGAGCCCCUGCUGACACACAAACAUUUUCACGCACACUUGAAAAUUGCUGAUUUGAUGCAGUUUGAUGAUAAAGGAAACAAGACCAAUGUACCAGAUAAGGAGCGGCAAAUUGAGGCGCUUCAGUUGCUUUUCCUCAUUCUCCCUCCACCCAAUCGUAACUUGCUGAAGUUACUGCUCGAUCUCCUGUACCAAACAGCAAAAAAACAAGACAAGAAUAAGAUGUCUGCCUACAACCUUGCCCUUAUGUUUGCACCCCAUGUCCUGUGGCCAAAAAAUGUCACUACAAAUGACCUUCAAGAAAAUAUUGCAAAGUUAAACCAUGGGAUGGCUUUUAUGAUUAAACACUCCCAGAAACUUUUUAAGGCUCCUGCUUACAUUCGGGAAUGUGCCAGAUUGCACUAUUUGAGCUCCAGAACUCAAGCAUCAAAGGAUGAUCUUGAUCUGACAGUUUCAUGUCAUUCUAAGCCCUUCCAACUGGCAAAAUCUCACAACUGGAACCGGGUAGAUUCCUGCUCUCAUCAGGAGGAGACCCAGCAGCGUACGGAGGAGGCACUGAAAGAGCUGUUCCAACACGUUCACAAUAUGCCAGAGUCGGCAAAGAAGAAACAGCUUAUCAGACAG